GGGCCAGUGUCGAACCGACCGUCGAGAGGAGUAGAUAUAUCGUCGGUCGCCAACGCACGACUACGAACUCGUAACAACUCGCCGAACGAAUCAUGAGGACCAAUUGUAAAAAAAAUAUUUAAUUAAAUAGUGUUUUUUUUCUGUGUUGUGCUGUGACUUCAAAGCUUAUUUUUUGACAAUGGCCAUGUUUUUGUGUGUAUUUUUAUACGCGUGGACCCUAGUCCUAGGGUUCAAUGUGGACAUCCCCUCGAAUGUGGUGUACAGGGGUAACUACAAGUCUAUGUUCGGAUUCACGGUCCAGGCUCACGUGGACGGCAACCGAAAAACGAUCCUGGUGGGUGCGCCGGAGGACGACCCGUUCCGGCUGGCGGGGGUAUCGCGUCCGGGCGCUGUGUACCGCUGCGACCCCUCGCGCCGCACAGCGCAGCCCUCGCUGGCCCCCUGCUCCAUCAUGGACUUUGAUAAGAAUAAAGGAAACAAUGUGGAUACGCAACAUCGACAGAUUGAUCAGAAAUCGAACCAGUGGUUUGGAGCGACUUUGUCCAGUACUGGACGGAACGGACCUAUUGUGGCUUGCGCACCGCGCUACGUGUCGUUCGUGUCUGCUAAGCUGAACCAGCGUAAUCCUGUCGGUUCCUGCUUCGUCGCCAAGACUCCCGACGCCAUCGACGUAACGGAAUACUCACCUUGCAGAAAUUGGCACGGCUCGCAGGACGAGGCAAGUCACGGACAGCGCAAGACAGGCGUGUGCCAAGCCGGUUUCUCCGCCGCUUUGUCAAAGGAUGGCGAAAGACUGUUUAUGGGAGCGCCUGGUACAUUUUAUUGGCAAGGAAGAACGAUAUCAAUAGACACUAGCGCAAGGUUCGACUACUUUAUGCCGAAGGAAGGUCAACUCAAAGUUCAGAUGAUCAACGGCAAGAGGAGUCUCAUCGCUACCCAAGAAGCCAACUCCAGUUACGAUGACUCAUACAUGGGCUACUCUGUGACUGUAGGAGAUUUCGCCGCACAAGGCGAGCAAGCAGUCGCCGUCGGGGUGCCUAGAGGGGCUGAUUUGAAGGGAUUGGUUGUACUUUACACGUGGGAUUUGGUGAAUAUCAAGAACAUCACGGGCUCUCAAAUCGGCGCUUACUUCGGCUACUGCCUGGCCACCGGCGACAUCGAUGGUGAUGGCACUGAUGACGUCAUCGUCGGCGCUCCAAUGUUCACUAAGCCCAAGUCUAGUGGCUACGAACAUGGGAGAAUAUACGUCAUCUAUCAAGGAAAGGAUAGGUCAUUUGUAAAGAACCACGCGCGGACAGGAGAAGUCUCGAGGGGCAGGUUUGGAUUGGCCAUCACAUCACUUGGAGAUAUAAACUACGAUGGAUUUGGAGACAUAGCAGUGGGUGCUCCUUACGGCGGCGAGAACGGCAAGGGUGUGGUGUACAUAUACCACGGCGGCGAGAGCGGCAUCGCGGAGAAGUACUCGCAGGCUAUCACCGCCGAGGAGAUCAGCCCCUCUCUCAGCACCUUCGGAUUCUCGUUGUCCGGUGGAGUUGACCUCGAUGACAAUCACUACACUGACCUGGCCGUUGGUGCUUACAAAUCUGACAGCGUUGUGUUUCUAAAAUCCCGUCCCGUGGUGAAGGUGAUGGCUGCGGUGAAGUUCACUGGAGCCACCAAGCUGAUCUCUAUGUCUGAGAAGAACUGCCGACUGACGAAUGGCACGCAGGUCUCCUGCGCACAUCUCAUGUACUGCCUCUCUUACAAUGGGAUCAACGUCGACCAGCAAAUAGAUUUCGAGGUGACCCUGGACUUGGACUCCCGUCAGAAGAGCAGCAAGCGUAUGUUCGUGUUCGACACGCGGCAGAGCUCUUAUACUACGCACAUCCUGCUCACCAAAGGACAAGAGGAGUGCCGUGAAAUGGAGGUCUACCUUGACGAGGAUAUCCGCGACAAGCUGAGCCCCAUCGAGGUGAAGAUGAGCUACGAGCUGGUGACGCAGCCAUCGGGCGAGGUGGUGCCGCCCGUGCUCGACCGCACCAAGAGCAUCGUUCAAACGGAUUCACUCAAUAUACAGAAGAAUUGCGGCCCCGAUAACAUCUGCAUACCAGAUCUCAGCAUGGCUGCUUCUACGCAACAAACGAACUUCGUUCUGGGCACUGGUGAGAAUUUGAACAUCGACGUGAAGAUCUACAACUACGCGGAGGACGCGUACGAGGCGGCGUACUACCUGCAGCUGCCGGCCGGCGUCAACUACACUCGCAUGGAGCGCCUCGACAAGGAGACCGCCGACGCCACCACCGUCUACUGCACCGUCAAGAACAGGGACGGACACAACGUGCUCAAGUGCGAACUCGGCAACCCAAUGGCCAGCGACCAAAAGCUGAACUUCCGCGUGGUGCUGGAGGUGGACUCGCAGGUGAACGACUUGACGUUCGACAUGGAGGUGAACUCUACCAACCCCGAGCCGCCGGAGAGUCGCAAGGACAACAAGAUGCGUUUGGCCAUCGGCGUCGUCGUCAAAGCUGAUCUAUCCAUCAUCGGCACAUCGGACCCACCGGAGCUGCAUUACAAUGCGUCCCUGUACGAUGCCAUAAAUCCUAAGAACGACUCUGCGCUGGGCCCUCAGAUCAUAUACAAGUACAACAUCAAGAACGAGGGGCCCUUCGCCGUCGACGAAGCGGACAUCUACAUUAUGUGGCCUUACCAGACACUCACAGGCGAGAACCUGAUGUACAUGUUGGUGCAGCCGCAGAGCCUGGGCGAGCUGGUGUGCGAUGUGGCGCGCCAGGUCAACCCCGCCAACCUGCAGGUCGCCAAUCCCUACGCCUACAUGCUCACAAAGGAGAAGGAAGCUAUGUUGAGUAGCGGCAUGUACGCCGCGGCCCAACUCUCCGGAGGAAGCGGAUACUACGGACAACAAUUCUGGGAACAACAAACUUUUACAAAUGAGAACUCUCAGAGCGGUAAAGUGUCCGGCGGCGUAUCGGGCGGACAAGUGUACGGCGGCCAGGCUACCGGGGGACACUUCGCCAGCGGCGGAGCUGCCACUGGACAGUACGAAGGCGGACAGGUUUACAACACACAAUACGGCAGCGGACACGUCGCCAGCGGCGGCUAUGGCGGUGGACAGACGUCCGGUACGCAGUACGGAAGCGGACAAGGCGGUAGGCAGUUCAAUGCCGGCGCUGCGAGCAACAACGGAGGAACAUACUUUUACAACAAGACAUGGACCAGCGGCAACGACUUCGGGGAGGACUUGACGGCGGAACAACAGGAACAAAUAAGGAAAGCUUUGCUAGUGGCGGCCACCAAUCCCAACUACCAAGGUUCCGUUGAAAGGAAAUUCACCGAAGGCAGUUAUAGUCAAGGUGGCAGCGUCCAGGGUCAGGGUUCAUACGGCCAAGGUAGUAGAGUAAACUAUGGACAGGGUCAAGGAUCCUUCAUCCAAGGAGGUCAAGUCCAACAACAAGGAGGCUUCGAAGGCAGACAACAAAGUGGCUACAGCAAUGGCUACGCGACGCAUGGCUUCGCGCAAGGAGGUCAGGGUCAAGGCGCGGUGGACAAUGGCGGCGUGUAUGGCCAGGGCGGACAAGUGGUGCGAGUUAGAAACAAGACGAUAGUUUACGAUCAAAAUCAUAACAUAGUAUCUCAGACUGAAACGAGUACAGAAUAUGGAUCCUUGGGACACGAAGGUGAAGCUGGCAGUUCUUUUAAUACGUACGUGAACAGUCAAGCGGGCAAUCAAAACCGAGGAUCCGGGCAGAGCUUUGUGCACGGCUCAUGGUCCACGACGGAGACGGUCAACCCUGAUCUCUUCAAGGCCGGCUCCAGCAAGUUCCGGGGACAGUUCAGCGUCACUGUAGUGGGCGAUGAGGACGAAGACGAGAUCGGCGGCUUCGGAGCGUACGCUGCGAGCAAUCCUAACAACGAAUUUAGAUUCGGUAUCGCCGAUGUUUCUGGAAGUCAAGGAAACCAAGCGUCUGGAAGUGCGCAAAGCGGCUCCAGGGGUGUCUCUAACUCUGGUUACCAGGCGAGCUACGGGAAUGCUCAGAAUUCCGGAUACCAAGGCGGAGCUGGAUUCCAAGGAGGCAGUUAUCAGGGUGGAGGCGCGUACGCUGCAGGCGGCGGCAGCAGCUACUCAUAUUCUUCACAAUCAGGUGGCCAAAGCGGUUACAGCUCUCACUCGGGCGGCAGCUUCGGGACUCAAUCGCAACGUCGCGAGAGCACCAGGCGCCGUCGACAGGAUCAGGUGGAUCUGGAAUUAAAGGAGAUACUACAGAAGUGCGAGGAGAAGUACAAGUGCGAGGUGGUGCGGUGCCGCACCGGCCGGCUGGCGAAGGGGCAGGAAGUCUGGGUCGCCUUGAGGUCCAGGGUCAACGCCUCCGUCUUGAGUGAGAUGUCAGCGGAGCGCACGGUGGUGUUGUCGACGCUGGGCGCGGCGCGGGUGUCGCGGCUGGCGGGGGGGCGCGCGGGCGGGGCGGGGGCGUGGCGCACGGCGGAGGCGCGCGCCUCGCUCUCGCCGCAGCUGGAGGCGCUGCCGGGCGGCGGAGUGCCGCUCUGGCUGGUCGUGCUGGCCGCCGUGCUCGGCGCGCUGCUGCUGCUGCUGCUCAUCUAUGCACUCUACAAGUGCGGCUUCUUUAAGCGCAACCGUCCGUCGGACCACACCGAGCGGCAACCUCUGAACGGUCGCGACGAACAUCUUUGAUAUCCAACCACCGACCUGGGCGUGACGAGUGACACGCCCGGCACCGCCCGCUCCCAACACACCAUAGACACAGCGGACACGGCGGACACCGCGGAAACUGCCGACACGGCUGAUUCCGCCGACACGGUUGACUCCAGCUCGUCCAGUUCUUCGACUGACGCCGCCAGUGACGUCACCAGCCAAGACUCGUCCAGCGGAAGGUACUGACCACACGCUAAUCAUAAAAAAGUCCUUGUCUUUAAGUUUUAAAUCUAAAAGCCUUUAGCACUUAAAAUAUCUUGUUUGGCCUGAUUUUUUGUCACAACAAAGACUGUAGUGUCUAUCAAAAUAACGUUAUUUAUCAAUACUUGCUUGUGUCUAAUUAUGUAUAGUUUCUAGUAAUGUCAUUUAGGUAUGUCGCUGGUGAUGUCACUGCUUGUAAUGGUGUUAACACCGCACAUAGAUGGCAGACAAAGUGUAUAAUGUAAAAAAUCUUAGCUACAUCGUUGUAUACUUUUUGCAUACAUCUUUUUAAUAGAUACUUUGUCUCCCAGCUAUGUUUCUAGAUGUUUUAAUAAAGUGAUGAGAAAACUAGUUUUUAAGUUAAUAUGCAAUAAUUAGCUCCGCGAUUAUCUGCCAAUUGUAAAUAAUAUGUACAGUCACACACACUAGAGCCUCAUGAAAUAUUGUAAAAAAAAUGAUUAUUUUUUCCGCUGAGCCUUAGCUGUUUUUUUUAUUCGAAAA